AUGUCUCUGAACCAGAUGCAAAUCAAGCAGGAGCUGCAGCUCCCCCCCGGUUUGGGUAAAACCACCCCAAAACAGAGCCCGGAGCAUCCCCAAGUCCCGGUGCCCGAGCCGCUCCCGGAAAAGGCGAAAUUCCCAGAAAAGGCGAUCCCAGAAGCGGGAAAAGGGGAAACUGCCCUGCCCCAGGAGCUGCAAACCCAAAUCCCCGCGGCGUUCCCGACCCCCGAACCUGCUCCGCGCCAGGAACCGACGCUGGAGAAGCAGGAGGUCAAGGAGAUCCCGGUUCCCGUCCCCGUUCCCUGCGCCCAGGAGAAGCAGCAGCACCAGGAAAUCCCGGUGUCCAUCCCGGAAAAACAGGAAAAACAGGAGUGCAAGGAAAUCCCGGUGUCCAUCCCAGAAAAACAGGAGUGCAAGGAGAUCCCGGUGUCCAUCCCAGAAAAACAGGAAAAACAGGAAUGCAAGGAAAUCCCAGUUUCCAUCCCCGACCCUGUCCAGUGUGCCCAGGAAAAGCAGGAAUGCAAGGAAAUCCCGGUGUCCAUCCCGGAAAAACAGGAAAAGCAGGAAUGCAAGGAAAUCCCGGAUUUGCCUCCAAAAUCCCAAGCUGUGAAGACCAAAACUGUCUGA